UUUUUAAAUAAAAAAAUAACAAAGAUUUUAAUUAAUGAAGGGCCAAGCUGAUUAAAAGAAGGAAGCAACAAAAACAGUUAAGAAAGUUAAGACAACCAAUAAAAGUGCACCAGCAAGAUUAUGGGUUAAGGCUGCAUUCACAGGUUUCAGAAGAUCAAAGGUUUAAUAAAAUGAGAAUUAAGCAUUGCUCAAAAUUCAACAUGUGGAAGAUGUUGCUUCAAGCAGAUUCUACUGGGGAAAGAGAGUUGCAUACAUUUAUAAGGCCCACACACUUAAGAGCAACACAAAGUUCAGAACUAUUUGGGGUCGUAUUAGUAGAUCACAUGGAUCAAAUGGAGUUGUGAUUGCUCAUUUUGGCAAAAAUCUUCCACCAAGAGCUAUCGGAUCAACCCUCAGAGUAUUCCUCUAUCCAAACAGAGCUUGAAAAUACACACAUACAAUACAAAUAAUACAUUAAUCAAUUUUAAUUAUUUUCAAUUUCAAUAAGAAAA